GUCUGUCAUCGUCAGAGUGGUCGGCGUCCUGUGGUCCCGAGCACAAGAAAGAUCUUGAACGUUCAAUGCCCUGGAAGCCCUGCACUAGGUAGUAGAGAUAUCUAGAGGAACUGGUAGGGAAGAACGUUCAGCAGAUCGUGAAAGGCAACCGCCAACCCACGCUUUGACGACCUGCUUCCAAAUACCAAGUUCCCCUUUCUUGCCCUCUUACUCCACGUCUUAGGGAUACCUUCCUCUCCAAGAACUUGCUUAGCUCACAUCAUCACUCAACCUUGCUCUGGCAUUUGGGUGACCUUCAUGCUCUUGUUACUAUUUUGUGGCUUGCAGAGCGCUACUUUGGAUCAUUGAUUGCAAUGGCGAGGCGUUUCUGAGAAUGUAUCGCCUACGGUUUACUAUAACAUUCGUGGGUUUAGAAGAACAAGACACAAGAGUUGCCUGUAGACGGAGAGCGAUAGGAGGAGAUUUUGAGCUAGAUAGGAGUUAAAGUGGAGGUUGUAUCGCCUUGCAUUUGAGAUUCUUAGUCCAUUCUUGCAUUCUGUUUAGGAGGACUCUCGAAAUUGUUGCAGGCAUCAGUCUUCGCCCAACUUGGCUAAAUCAAAGCGAUUAGUAGGCAGUGAAACCCUGGGGUUGAGAGCUGUGAGCAACCGAAUGCAGCACAUGAAUGUCCUUAAAUGCUUCAGAGAGCUCUAAGCUGUCCAUUUUAUGAGCUUCUUUCUAUGCAUUUUCCAUAUUGUUAGGCCGUCGGAAUAUAGACUCUAAGAACCAUUUGCUUCUUGUGAGCUAGUGAAAGGAACGUCAACAAACUCUUCAUGGCCAUUAUUCAGACCUUCAUGCACGCAGCUUUAUAAGUCAAACAGGAGGAACGCAUGGAACAAGCUGGCUGACAACGGUUACUCUUCCCCAUACUAUGAACGAUUCCAUGGCUGAAAGAACAGCUCAAGAGUUGGGAAGCUUAAUACAGAAACCUUAUGGAUUGAUGUCUCCAGAGCGCUCAGGAAGUCCAGACCUUAAAUUGAGAUCUUCGCAACGGAAACGAGAUCGAGCAGUCUGUGCGUCCAGGGAAGAUGCCUACCAGAUAGAUGUCUGGCCUGGGGCUGAUGGUAGGAAAUCGGAAGAUGUACUUGUUCGGUACAAGGAUACAAGAGGCAGUUUAAGCAGUAGGAUGGAUCCGCAUGCAUGGUCGGACUUGCCAACAGACACGGAUGAUGAAUUAGAUGAUAACGCCGUGGCUUCCUCAGAUGGGAAAGGUUAUCACGGUGGCAAAUUUUCCCCUAAAUUCGUUUCUUCUAAACCUGACAUCAAAACAGUUCACAGAAUGACGAGAUCAGAAGUCAAGAUCUGGUCCUUGGCGUCAGAAGAGAGCUGGGAUCGGCCUCGAGAAGGGAUAGGUGAAUUAGACGGUUCUUCAUCACAGCAGGAAUCGCAUCUACCAGAUACUGAGAAUAAGUGUGAUGAGGCCACAAAGCUUCUUACAUGUGUCGCAACAUUACGCGAAUUCUCAAAAGCUUCCUCUCUAGAAUAUCAGGAGAAGGAUUCCUCAAGGGAGCAUGAAGUCAAUGACGCAGGUGAGAAGCUUGAGGGAGGUCUUGAAUGUGUCCUUAUGAGAGUUUCAACCCACGCAUCACUUUCCAAGGUGAUUGAUGAACAAGCCAGCAUCAAAAUGUCGCGACGAUAUUAUUCAAGCGGAUCGUCCAACUCGAGCCGAAGAAGAAGCAUGCCACGUCGAGUCGCAGCUCAGGGUGGUGACAGUGGGGAAAAAAGUAUUCGUUCGAAUCGGAGACAAAUAGAGGAAAGCGGGAUGCUCAUCCUGGCGGAUUCCAGGUCUAAAACUCAGAGAGUAGCUGUAAACGAAGUAGAUUCUUUUAAGGAACUGGCCGAAAGCACCACUAGUGCUGAUUCAGAUUGCAACGACAUGGAAUAUUCCAGUGGUGGAGCAGACAAUGAGGAUGAUAUAGAAGAGAACUACAGACAGAUGGCAUUGCAUAAACAUCUAAAAUUGCAUGGAAAAACAGUAAAGAAAAGGUGGUCAAAAAUCAAAGUUUUUGCAGGCCAAUUCAAAGCUACGGCAACAGAUCAGGCGCAAACAGGAGUGGUGAAAGAGAGAAGGCCCGUCAGCAGAAGCAUUAAUUCAACUUUUCAGGAUGAUCCUGUAAAGAAUCCAUACUCAGUGGAACCUCCAGAUACUCGACAAAUUUCUCCUCAACUAGCAGAAUCCCUUCAAGAGGACCAAUCCAAUAUACGUUCGAUGAAAUCUAUAGAAACACGAGAAGCCAUGGCAGAAGAGAAACUACCACAUUGGCUCAGAGACGAGUUACAGCAUUUUGGACGUUCGGCUGACAUUUGUGCUCUGAAAGUUCCUGCGUCCCAAUCACGAGGGGGGACUUCUCCGUCCGAAAUGUUGACUGAAGAAGAGAGAUGUACAGUCGACUUCGACAGAUGUUUUGGGAAGAAUUCAAAGAUUGCUGACAGAGAAGCUUCGAAGGAGAGUUGCUUUGUGAUCAACGGAAUUUUCGUCAAGAAUCAAGAGGUAGUAUGCCCACCGACAUUAUCAGAGAGACAUAGCAGGUUUGAAAAUUCCUGCAUUAGUGCAGUGGAUUUCACACCAAAUACCAAAGACUCACCAUUGAAGAAUAACGAGUCUCAGGAAGCCACCUCGCCGAAAGAAAGAGUCGCUGCUUCUGUUGUUCCAUGCGACCGCCUUCCGCAUCCUAUGGUGCUAACUACAAUUAAAGCAGACGGGGUUCAACGUAGCGGUGCAGUGGAAGAAACGUUGGUUGCACCAGAAUACCAAUGUGAAGUACGUGAUAUGGAACAAUGUCAAAGACUCGGUUCUCCAGUUUUGGAUUGUAAGUCAGGUUCUAAAGAUGAAGCUGCAGUUGAAAUGCUUAAUCUGGAUUGUGGUGAUGGCGAAGGCACCCAUCGAGCUGAAGUGACACAUACAAACUACUGCCAAGGAUCGGCAGAAGAAUCGAGAAAUAGUUUUGGCGAAGUUCGCAAUUUCUUUGCCGAUGAGGUGACUGCAGUUGUUCCGUUUCAGUCCUGUGAUGAUGAUCGAUCCCUGCCGAAUGUGUACCUAGCUUUUCAACCUGCCUCUCUCACAGUCUUGGAGCUGCGAAAUGAGGUGGAGGAAACAAAACAUGUACACAAUGAAAAGCAGCCAAAAAGGAUAUUACGAGUGGUAGAGCAGGGAUUGGGAACCGAAACACUUAGCCAGCACGGGCCAGGGCUCUCAGAGGCCGGGCAAAAUCCCCAGAAAGAGCAGCAAAUUUUAUUGAAGCAUCUUCAGGAGUUGAACGCACAUCAUCCCUGCAAUAGACUGAGAGCCAUGUCGAGGACAAACGCUCAGCUUACGGAGGAAGACGUUAGGAAACUGCGUCAAGAGAUUUUGGAACAGGAAGCUCUUAUCAGAGGGUAUCAGGUUGAGAAUGAAAAAGCUGUCGCGAAGCUCAAAGAGGUUCAAUUGGAUGCUAAGCAUAAACUCCAAGAAAUGGCUGAGGAAAGAGCAUUUCUUGCUUCUCAACUAUCCAACAGACAUAUGCAGAGUGGGCAUCAGAGCUGGGUUUGCAGUACAGAGUCAGUUUCCUUGAAUGAGGCAUUACGGAGUGCUUUGUCCCGCGAAUCUGAUCUAAGGAUCGACCUUGACAAGAUACGAGAGUCGUACAUGGAGCUGAAGAUGCGUGAGAAGAAAGAAGAAUCAGGUAGAAUUAGAGACCUGGAGUCGAAAUUAACAGCGUUGAAAGAAAUGCGGGAAACGGAGAAGCAGGGUCAUGCUCAGAUGGAGGGGAUAAAACAAGCCACAAGGCAGCAAGAGGAGCUCAUAUCAUCACUAUACGACACCAUUUCUAAUCAGGCCUCGAGAAUCCGUUUGCUUACCAUCAAGUUGGAAAGUGGUGGAGAAGCACAAGGAACGACGGUUGCCGAAUUGGAUCAACUAGACCACAAACAAAAUUCAAACAAUGAUAUGACCCAGAAUCAAAUAGAAACUCUUCGAAACCAGGUCAAGCGAUUAGAGGCAUCCCUCCGUGCAGCUAAGAAGGAAACAGGUCUUCAUGCACUAGAGAUGUCAAAGUCGUGUGUGGGAGAAAACGAUAAGUUUCGACGACUGCAGAUGGAGUUGGUUUCUAUCCAGCGUCAGGCCCUUCAAAAAGAUGAGGAAACAAACAAGAUUCUUCACCGACUGAAAGUUGAGAACGAUAAAAUAAAAUCCGAGACUGCAACACGCAUUCGGAAUUUGAAGCAACAAACACAAGCUCAGGCUCAAAAUGGACAUUCAGUAUCAGAAAAUGAGCGAGCUGCUAUGAACCGAGUGAAGGACCUUGAGAAACAGUUGGCAAACCUUCGUAUACGUUAUUCAAGAAAGUUGAAGGAUCUUACUGAAAAACUUGGCGAGGCUAAACAAGAGCCUAAAUCCAAGGAUUUCAUGCGAAGCAAGAUGAUUCCUGAAAAUACGGCAUUCAAGUCAAAAGUUGCAAAUACUCGCCUGCAGCCUGCACAGCAAAAAGCGCUGAGGGAGGCGAAGGAGCGCAUCCUCCUCACAGAAGAUGUUUUAAUUCAGAAGGAUCGAACAAUAAAAAGUCUUCAAAAUAAACUUAAAACGAUGGAAGCCGCUCGGGCAGGUCUUUGCAACAAAUUUUCUGCUACUGGUGCUUCGGCUAUAAUAGCAAGUACUGGAGAGAAACAGGGGUCUCCAACUCGAGAGGUAUAUUGCAGUGAACCUGAGCAACUGCCAUCGCAGGAAUCAAACAACAGCCGGACACGGCUGCUCAGCAGCACCAGUGUUGCAGUAGAUACAGCUGACGAGGUAAUGGCACUGCGAAUGGAGCUCGAGAAAUCAGAGCUCACCCGGGAGGUGCUGCAGAAAGCAUGUGACGAGUCUGUGGAAAAAGCAGUGUUCCUUACCUUGCAGCAUCAGCAAGCCCGUCAACUUCAGCAAAUUCGCCAAGCUCAAAUGGACUGCAAUUCAGAAUGCCAAACAUCCUUGGCAGGAUGGACUGACCACAGGAGCGAUCCAGAAGGUAUGAUCUGGCGUUCAGAACGAAGCUCACUAGAGAUGACGAACCGCGCGCUAGAGGCAAGGCUGAAGGAUAUGUCCGAGGAGCUGGAAGAAGCUCAGAGUAUGUUUCGGCAAUCCCCACGUAUGACACAGAUCAUGAAGCUGAAAAAGAAGGUGACAGAGAUGGAGGCUCGCCAACAGCAGAGAGAGAUAGAAUGGCAGAACAUUCUUGAGGAAUUGAAGCAGGCGAGCAGCAAGGACCAGGAAUACGCAGAGCACAAAUGGCAUCAAGCAUUUGACACCAAGAGUAAGGAAGUUGAGAAAAUACGUCUUGAGCUGAACAGUAUCCUUGAGACAGCACUCUCCAUACAGCAGGCUCAAAUCCAGAAAAACCAUUAGUCAUGAUGCUGUUCCUUUGUUGAUGUCAGCUGCAGCAAGUGAUCACAUGAAGUACAUCAAAACUUUGAAUCACUGACCUCAACGAAUGGUCAUCAAGGCUGACUACACCAUCAGAGAUGAGUACUUGCGUUUUCCCACUUCCCCUGCAAGUUGAACUCACCUCCAAAAACGAAUCAGAACCUUCUCUUGCAAAUGGGUUUUCAAACAAUCUCGUCAAUGGAGUGACAAGAAGCUCCAA